AAUUCAGUCCGUGGUGGUAGGUGUGCGUUGUUGGUGCGCCUCUGUGAAAUAAGAAAAUAUAUCUGUGUAUUGCAGCAGAAGUUUUGCUGCGCUGCCUACAAACAGUUCGUAAUACGCAACAGCGCAGGGCAGCCGAAACACAAAUGCAGGCAACAGCAACGACGAGGACUACAAAAACAGCAGCAGCAACAACAGCAACGGCCACGUUCAAGGCUAGUACAGGAUCAGAAGUAGGAGCAGCAACAGCAGCAGCAGCGGCAGCGACAAGAACAACGUCGUUAAUCUAUUUACCGCCUUUUUGCUAUCCAUGUAAGCAUGUGCCUGCGGCCAGCACUCUCCUGAGCAGCAGGAGAUGCAGCAGUUGCAGCCGUGAGGGUAAAGGCGAGGGGAGAGAGCACUACCACUUCUGCUACCAAUACGAUGGCAGCUGUUGUUGUUGUCAACAGCGUUGGGAACAUAAAAAUUAUGAUAAACAUGCUACAGCGGCAACGUUGACAGCAGCAACAAGAAUACCAACAAUAACAACAGCAACAAAAACAACAAAUACAGUAAGAACAAUGUUAAAUAGAAUUACACCGAAUGUCAGCCGAGCUGGCGAUGGUGUUGUCCCCGGCCACGCUGAUGAGAAUGCGAUGGCGCAGAAUUUCCUGCAACGAAUUAUUCAGUUACCCAUGUUGGCCAGCACAACGCAUAGUUCCACGUGCAACAUCAGCACUUGCAGUGAUCUCAGACAGCAGCAGCAACAGCAUACGACGACGGCGACGAGGAAGCCAUUGCCACCUCAUGGAGCACAAUUAGUUAUGCCAAUUGUUGUAGAGGGUGCUGUCGGUGGAAUGGAAUGCCAGCGGCGGCAGCGACGUGUGCGACGAGAGCGGGAACGGGAACGGGAGCGACGACCAAGUCAUGCGUCAGUGACGCCAAACAAUGCCGCAGCAAAUCCAAUCAGCAAUGUCGGCGCAACCAUAAACAAUUCGCAAACAACGACAACUACAACAACAACAGUAACAGCAACAGCAACAGCAAGAGCAAUGCUCACAACUGUCCCGCUGCUGAAUCAGAAUGAUGAUGAAUGUAGGUGCUUUAACUAUAACGGUGAUAUUAGUACAUUGGCCUGGCCCAAAGACGUCGACGACGAACAGCAACAAAAGCAGCAACAUCAGCAACAUCAGCAACAGCAACAACAGCUUCCUAGACGCAUCCGCAACGAUGGCGGCAACAUUACGUGGCUAAAAUUCUGGCAGCAGCUGCUGUUGCUUCAGGGCAAUUGCUUCAACUUUAGCUCCGACUCCAAUUUUUCCGCCAACACCAACACCAACGCCAAUGCGACAACGAAAACAAAAACAACAACAACAACAACCACACAUGCCAGCUACAACAACGCCGCGACACUGAGAAUGACGUCGACAAAAAGUUGGCUUGGCUUGUUGCUGAUGCUCCUGCUAACCACGUCCGUUAGCUGCUGGGGCGGCCGGCAAGAUGCGCCCACAAAUUGCUCGUUUCCGGCACGCUGGGAGGGCUCAUGGUUUCUAUCGGGCUAUCAACAAUCCAUACACAUCAAGGGUUCACAAUUUAGCUACCGGGGCAGGUGUACCGCCUCGGACGGUAACAAAUUCUUGAUAGUGGAUGAGAAAGGAUGUCAUCGGUGCCUGGUUAUCUAUGAGAAGCAUAAAAAUGUGCUCCAGUAUAAAGAAAGUGAGUGCGAAGGUGAUAGUAUGUAUAUGCAUCAGUCGAAUCCAUCUGCACUGGCGAUGCGUAGCUCUGUAAAACAAAGUGAUCAUAGGGGGGGAGCUCAUCCCAAUACGAACGGGCAUUCAAGACUAUCAUCAUCGGAUCAGUACAUAAUGAGAUCCAAUGACGAUAUGAAUGAUUGUCCCCCAGACUUUUGCAAGGGCCGUGAGACUUUACAGAAUCUCUGCGAUCAAAUACCGGGCGAUGCGCUCCUAUACUCGUUGUUUCGAGAGAGCGCCGAACCGGUCAAAUGUCCUCUGAAAGGUCCCUUCAUCUUCACCUACAAUCGUGGUCAUGGCGAGUGCAAAUUCCCUGUAUCCAACAUUGAGAGCUGCACCGAAGACAGUCGCUUGCUGCUCAGUUUUCAGGCCUGUCCCGAUGUGCUGGCCACCGAGAGUACCGUCGAGGAAUUAACCUGUCUGGCCACUUGGAAGGAUGGCAACUCACGCUAUUUGGUUGGCCUGGUUUCGCAUCAUCAUGCCAUCUCGAAUGAGGAGCGCUAUCGUUGCUUUGUCUACGAGAAAAUAUCCGCCUUGAUGGGCGGUCCCAGCAUGCUAACCUCCAAGGAUGCCGAAUAUAAGCUCGCACAAUCCGGCGACGCCACUUGCAAUGGCUUAGACAGCGCCGAUGUCGGCUCACGUAUAAUGUCGCUGCGCAAACCACCGGUCCCAGAACGAUGUGAUUUUCCAGCCUGGUUUAAGGGUCCACGGCACUGGCAUGCUCUCAUGGGCAAUCCUGUCUACAAUUUUCAUUCCAAUGAUGGGUCCGUGCACAUUAUUAAGCCCAACGGCUAUAUGGAGACACGUGCGUUCUGCGAGCAAAUAAACAAACAGACCGCAACCGAAAUGAUGGCUGUGGUGCACUACACAACGGGCUGUCAAUCUGGUUUCAUGUGCAUGAUGUUCUAUCGUCGUGACACGCACGUCAUUGAGAUACAAACGGGCAAACCGGCCAUACGCUUGGAGGAUGCCUGUGCCCCGGAUCACUUUGAUAUCAAUAAGAUGGCCUACAUAACGUUGUUAGCGAGCAAUCCGGAUCCACAAAUAUGCCCCAUGGAGGGUUUGUACAAUUUACGCGGCGCCAUUGGGCCACCCUAUCAGGCCACACGCCACAAACGUAAUCACAAUGGCAAAACGCAUCUGGGCCAUGGACACCAUCAUCAUGAGAGCGCAGAUGCUGGCGGUUUUGGCCACAAAGGGCACAGCUCUUUAAGCUUUCGCAAUGCCGAACACAUCGAACGUGGCUCCUGGCGUGCCAACACCAGAGGCCUGCCCGUCCGUAGUCGACGCAAUGUGCCCGCCUCAGCCGCAUCCACCGCCAAUACAACUCAGCAGACGCUUCUGCUGAGUCCCGUCAACGAGACGAACGUGGACCUUGUGGCCACGCGCAACAGACGGGACGUGCCCGGCUGUGUGACUAACUAUAAGGCGCAACGCCAACUCUGGGUGGGCUGCACCGCCCCAAAUUUAAUAGAUGUGCGUCCGCAGUGCAAUGAAGAUGGUGAGGAAGAGUAUUCCUGUCACGGUUCUUGGACUGAGAACGGCACCACCUACAUAAUUGCACGGCACAAGAGCACCAAGCACGGGGUGUGCAUCAGUUAUAGGCCCACGGAGGGUACAGCCGCCAAGCUGGUCGUUGGCGAUGCCUGUUACCGCGGCUCACAAAAGCCGCCGGAUCACCAUCUGGUGGCCAAUCUGUCUGUGUUUGGCAAAUGCGGUGAAACGGGCUCGGGAGCCAUAAAAACGCACUUAGACUUGGCUAAUUGGCUGGUCAUGGCGACUGUUGCCAGUCUGGGGACAUGGAGGGCGUUGCGCAGCUGAGUGGGCAAAUGGAUGAGGUUGCUUUAAUUGGCCGCUGCUAACACUUUUGACUGCACAACAACAAUUCAUAUAUAAACUAAACAUAAAUGCUGCAAAAGCGUCCCUUGGCGAGCCAAACAAGCCCUACUCUUAAUGCUACACUAGCCCCCAAAAGACGAUGAACAUGUAUACAAGACACAUUUAAGACUUAUUGUAUAUUGCAUAUGUAUAUGUAAGGAGGAAAGAAACCAACCAAGAAAUCAACCAACCAACACACAUUUAUUUUGUUUUGCUGUAUAUAAUUUAUUGUUUAUUGUGAGAACACACUUUUACUUUAACGAUUUUGUUUAGUUUUAAGUGCUUAAAUAUAAAACUUGAGAUUUAUAUAUUAAUAUAUAUAUGUGUAAGUAAAAUGCAAAGAAAAAGAGAGAAUAACAAAUACAUUCACAAUAUGGAAGGAAAAUGGUUUGCAAUAAAGCCUUAGAGCAAGCGCUGUUUGUAUUUAGGCCUACUUAGUGAAACGCGUCAGUUAUAUAUUUAGUGUAAAGAAGAAAGCAUACUAGUAUGUAUGGGAAAAAUGCUAUUUAUUUAUAACAAUGUAAGGCAAAAGCAAACACACACACAAACAACCAACUAUACGAAUAUAAGCUAUAAGCUUUUUUCGUUUUAAAUGCAACUUUUAGUGAAAGAAAAAGGUGUUUGUUUUUAUUAAAAUAUUUUUCGUGUAAGUCUACGAUAACUAAAUGCAUUUAUUUUUCUAUAUUUAUCAUUUCCAAAAUGUUUCCUACACACAAAUACUAUAAACGUUUUUUAGCAACUAUACAUUUUAAACA